UCAUAUUUCCUCCUCGCCUCACAAUCUCUCUCUUUCCUGCUCUCCUUUCUCGUCCACAGGAGCCGCGUUUGCGCAGCGCCUGCCUCCCCGCCUUGCUUAGACAAGGAGCUAUCAGCCAGUCACGAUGGUUAGAAUCAGCGUUCUCAAUGACGCGCUCAAGAGCAUGUACAACGCGGAGAAGCGCGGGAAGCGGCAGGUGCUCAUCCGGCCGAGCUCCAAGGUCAUCAUCAAGUUCCUCACCGUCAUGCAGCGACACGGUUACAUCGGCGAGUUCGAGCUGGUGGACGACAGGCGGGCGGGCAAGAUUGUCGUGGAGCUGAACGGGCGGCUGAACAAGUGCGGCGUGAUCAGCCCUCGCUACGAUAUCGCGGUCGGUGAUAUCGAGAACUGGACCGAGCGCCUGCUGCCGUCGCGUCAGUUUGGUUACAUUGUGUUGACCACAUCCAGCGGCAUCAUGGACCACGACGAGGCCAGGCGGAAGAACGUGGGAGGCAAGGUGCUCGGCUUCUUCUACUAAGCCCGGCUCGUUGGGAUACCAGUUGUGAUGCUUUGGUCUGGUGGAUGGAAGCAUGAAUCAUGAUGCCAAAGCAGGGUGUUAGUGAUGUGACGGCAUUUGGCCAACCCAGCAAGCAGCCCUGCCCUGUCACCAGUAUCACCCAGUUGGCUCUGCCUAGCUUUUUGUUAGCCAUGCAUGGCCCCUUUAAUGUAAGAGGACGUGUAAAGCUUACAUCAAGGCAUAAUUUUCAUGUUGUCUUUUGGCCCUGUGAUAGAUUGGAGAAAGAGAUGCGUCGCCUUGUAUCCGUUUGAGGCCGAACCAGCUGUUAGAGGGGAUGAUUGUGCAGAAGGUUUUCGUCUC